ACCAACAAACGGAGGAUGCCGGGGUCAACGCCGUCUCCCGACGCGUUUCCUCGGGCAGCGGGGGUGGGACGGGGCGGGCGGCCGGGUGCGGCCGCCAGAGCCGCCGGGGCAGCCCUCGCCCCCGGCCCCGCGGCGAUGAGGCGGGCCGGGCCCUGGUGCGUGCUGCUGGCCGCCGCCUGCGCCCUCGGCCGGGCCGCCGUGCGCUGCGGGGCCGCCGGCGCCUGCUUCAGCGCGCACCUGGCCAACGCCUCGUACGCCGAGGCCCGCGGCGCCUGCGGCCGGCGGGGGGGCGGCCUGGCCUGGGUGAGCGGCGAGGCGGAGCUGCGCCUGCUGCUGGGGCUGCUGGGGCCGCUGGCCGAGGCGGCGGCGGCGCCCGCACCCGCGCCCUCGCUCUUCUGGGUCGGGCUGAAGCGGGACGCCUCCGCCUGCACGGACGCGGGGCGCCCGCUGCGCGGCUUCUCCUGGGAGGGCGCCGGGGCGGCCCCGCGGGAGGUGCCGGCGGCGCUGGGGCGGUGGGCGAAGGAGCCCGUGCGCUCCUGCAUCACCGCCCGCUGCGCCGGGCUGCAGGUGGCGGCGGGCGGCGGCCCCGGCUGGGGCUGGAAGGAGCGGGUCUGCCAGCGGGAGAGCCGGGGCUACGCCUGCCGGUACCGCCUCGAGGGCGCCUGCCCCGACCUGAGCGCCGCGGGCGCGCUCGCCCUCGAGUACCGCCUGCCCUUCGAGGAGCGCGGCGCCGGCCCCGGGUUCAGCCCGCCGGGCACCGUGCUGGCCGUGGCGUGCCCCCGCGGCGAGGUGCGUCUCUCCUGCCGGCCCGAGCGCGGCGCCUUCUCCUGGACGGGCGCCGACGAGCCGCUGUGCCCCUGCGGCGGGCACUGCGCCGGGGCCGUCGGGUGCCGCGAUGCCGCCGGCGGCUUCGCCUGUGCCUGCGCCCCGGGAGGGCCGCCCUGCGCGCCCCCGGCCCCUACGGGCCCCGCGGGGGCUGAGCGGGGCCGCUCCGACGGGGGGAAGACGGGCGCUGCGCCCACCCCCUCCUCCUCCUCCUCCUCGAACUACGUUUUCAUCCUGGUGACGGUGGCGGUGGUGGUGCUGGUCAUCCUGGUCAUGACCGUCCUGGGGGUCUUCAAGCUCUGCUUCGACAAGAAACCCGAAGGCGGCGGGGACAAGGCGGAGGGCGGCCCGGGGGAGCCGUGCGGAGCGGCGGCUGCCGACUAGCCCGGGCGCGGCGGGGGCCUCGUCCCGCCGGCUCCGUGCCCGCCCCGUGCCGCCAGCCCGGCUGCUGCGGGGACGCGGCGAGAAGGCGACGCGGGACUCUGCGGAGCGGGACCGGCGUGUUGGGAGCCGCGGGGCGCCCGGGCGAGCGAGCCCCUCCCCGGGCGGUGAAGCCUUCGGACUGGCGCGGGGGGAGUGUUUGCCGGCCUGGAAAGCAGUUAUUUAGGUGCUGACAUAAGUAAAAUAUAAACAUAUCAGCCUGGUGGAUGGGAAGAUUGCUUAUCUGCAGCUGCGACAGUUGUGGGGUUUCAUCUCGGUGACUUCCUCGGGUGCGUUAUUGGGAGCAAAUGGAACGCUUUGAGCGCUCGUGUCUUGUAAUUUAGAAGUCACUCCUCGCCUGAGUGAGCUUCGUUCUCUGUCUAAUUGCGUUAGGAGAGGUUAACUGCCGUAAUUUUCGAGGAAACUGUGACCCGUACUCCUUUCAGGCUGACUUUCUUAUAAAUGAACAUUUCUAUGCUUAAAAGGUCAUUAAAUUGCUGAGGAAGUGGGAGGUUUAACGGGGAGUCACUUUUAUAUUUAAGCUGAUGAAAAAAAUAAAGGAUGACUUAAAACCUUAAUCACUGCUCCGUUUCCUACUGCGUACAAUAUUCAUUUUAACUGUAGCAGAGCAACACGUUUUUCAGUUACAGUUUUUCUCCGAAGGGUUGGUUCAAAACUUGGUUUCUUCAUGCAACACUUGGCUCCCAUAGAAUCAAUAGAAUCAAAUAGAAUCAAACCAUAGAAUCAAAUCAGGAAAGUCGCUGACAAACCCAACACCGGGAGAAGACUUCACGUGGGUCCAAGUAGAGCAUGAAAAUCCCAUUCUUCUUAGAUAUAUUGUUUUCCAACAAUAUUGUGUCCCCCGAGAGUAAGGAAAGAAGGAUUUGCUCCUUGUUCCACUUUCUAAGUAAGCUAAGCACUUCCUAUGUGAUUUCCCGUGGGAAUUCCUGCAGAGCUGCUUUCAUCCUGGCCAUAGAACUUGCUUUGCAGUUCAGAGUGCUGAUGCUCACUUAUUAUCAUUACAGUUUCAUUCUUCAAUUAAAGUAGUGAUGCUAAAUAUUGAUUCUAUGUUUUCCGAGUGCAGUAAGACACAACUAACUGGAUCACACCCAAGCCUUUUAGAGUGCGAGAAAUGUUUCCUUCCUGUAAAAGAAACUUAAGCUCUGAGAUGUCUUUUAAAAUAUGCUUUUUGUUUGUUUUUCUCCCUUUAGAGCUGACUUCCUGACUAGUGGUUUCAUUUUGUCACUUACCUGUUGACUUUGAAGAACUGUCCCUUGCAAUCAGUAAUGUGUAUUAUUCUUUUUGCAAGAAAAAACUUGAAGAUUAAUCUGGUGUAAAUAUUUGCUAUGGAUUAAGUAUGACAUAAUGUGGGUUUUUUCCUCUUCCUCUUUUAUAUGAGCUUCUCUAACCUAUUAUUUCUAUGUUUUCCUUUUUCCCACGCAUUAGAUGGCUGAACUCUUAGUUGGACUGUACAACUGUCCAGAUAUGGUUUUAUAAGCUCUAGAAAAAUACUCUUAAUUCUCUCUUUCAGUACUUUUGUCAAGCACACAGUGAAGUGCUGAGUCAAUCGCCUGUAAUUCACUACUUCGUUUGGAGUCUCUCAGGAUCUGACUGACUAUUCAGUUAAAAUGUGCAAGUUCAUGCCCUUGGAAGCCAUUCACCUGUCUCACCUUAUUAUUCUCAUUUCACUCUGCCUUGGCUUCCUGUGAAAUCGCAUUUUGAUUUCAGAGGUCUUUUUUUCUCGCACUCAAAAUUCAAGAUUAAACAUUAAACAUUUGUCUAAAGUAUUACACAAGGAUUCUGUUGUUUUCCUUGGUUUAUAAUUUGACUCAUCUGCAACCAGACUAUUUUGCACCUAAGGAUGAGAUCCGUCUCACCAGAUGCAGACAUCUCUAGCAACAUCUGGACUCAUCUAGACUCCCUUACAGCCAAAGGAGAGAAAUAUGUACUUGCUGGUAGCAAUUUCCCUCAUUUUACACUAGAUGCUGAAAACAGGGCCAAUGAAUUGCCUCCUAAAAAAUGCCAUUUUUCUGCACAGCUGUAAAGAAAACCUAGGGGGACUAUUCAUAUUUAAACACAUAUCUAAAAUUAAAUCAGAAAAAUCAGCUAACCUGAGUCUCCAGCUGUGCAAAUCACUUUUCUAAUAGCAAGUUCACAGAGCCUUGUGUCUCUUCAAGGUAUGGCUAAACGGCCACAAUUUCACCAUGGCUUCUAUUGUUUUUACAUGUUAGACAUUCUUGUUCUGUUUGUUCAGGUUUCUUUACUUUCUCUUUUCAGUCAAUAGAAUAUAAGGCCAAGAGCGUUUGGAUUUGAUUGGAACCUGAGCAGGUUUGAAACGCAUCGGUUUCUCUUUCUCUGCUCUAAUAGUCAGACCAAGAAGUGGAUGAUUUGCAGGAAAGGAUAAAUAAUUUCUGCUUUCCGUGCUCAAUUUAAGUUGUGGCUUUCUUAAAUUGGAAACCAAUAGAAAACUGACUCGCAACACGGAUUAUAGGCUCAUAUCAUAACCAGGGCAGCUUCAGUGCCGGGUUUGCUGUUUGCAUCCAUAGGAGGAGACCAAGGUCGUAAUGAGUGAAGCGAAUCGUAACAAGGAUUAAUGUACUAAAUGUAUCUGGUUAUGAAAUUGGAUGCAACUUUCUUUUGAUUCCUAUGUAAUACCAUACCUAUGUAAUACCUAUGUAAUACCAUCAAAUGUAAAUAUUUUUCCAAAACAUAGCAGAGAUGGAGACAAAUCUUGACCUUUUCCCUCGUGUUACUUAUAUAUCCUUUGACUAAACUUAUUACACCACAUC